AUGGUAGUGGCGCUCUCAACGAAACUUUCCGUGGCGGUUGUUAUUUUCCGACGAGACCCACUGUAUCUGGGUGGAUCUCCGGCAGCGAUAGUGACUGCACUGUCGGUGGACGGCAACGGGAUCUUCGAUGGAACCGGUGGUCUGGCAUCGAACGAGGAUUGGCAGCGGGUAGAGUACGGACGGCGACCGACUGACGGUGGGUGGCUGGAUCUGGCGAUGGCGGGGCGGCGCUGGGUGAGGUCAGAGAUGGUGGGAGGUGGCUUUGGGCUGGAGUGCCGCCGUCUGUGGCCGUGUACAAAAAAAAUGGUGAGGGGAAAGGUCCAAAUGAAGCGGAUCGAGAAUUCAACAAGCCGGCAAGUGUCGUUCUAUAAGCGUAGGAAUGGGCUUUUGAAAAAGGCUUAUGAGCUUUCUGUGCUUUGUGAUGCAGAAGUUGCUUAG